GAGGCAAAAGGCCGAGCAUCGUACUUCAAGUCGUGUCUGUGUAGGUGGCACUCUUUCAAUUGACAUAGUAAGUGCACGCGGACGGUGCAAUCCCUCUCUCCUCCAAAUCUGCUGUCUUCCCUGCCCUUGAAAUGGAGCACGAGAAGCUGUUGUCCGUCGAGGACAUAUCCCAGCACAACACUCCCCACGAUUGCUGGGUCGUGAUCGACGGCACAGUCUGGGACUUUACGGACUUUGCUCCAGAACAUCCUGGCGCACCAGAAAUCAUCUGGAAACACGCCGGACGCGAUGCUACCAGCACGUACGCCGAAGUGCAUCCCUUCUCGCUUAUUUCCAAAACACUCGAUUCAUCGAAGUGUAAAGGGCUCCUCGACCGCACGACAGUCACUGCCGACUUCCAAAAGCCACCUCCAUCGGCAACGCCUGAGCUGCAGCUUCACGAGAAGCCCUCCUUGAGUGCAGUGAUCAAUGCCGACGACUUUGAAGAGAUUGCCGAGAGGACAGUCAGUAAGAAGACAUGGGCCUUUUACUCGUCUGCAGACACAGGCUGCUAUACGAGAGAACGCAAUAAAGAGUACUUCAGCCGCAUCUGGUUCCGUCCACGUCUGCUACGCGAUGUGAAGAAUGUGAACACUUCCACUACCAUUCUUGGUCAUGAGGCCGGCUUGCCCAUCUUCGUCGCUCCUGCUGCGAUGGUGAAGCUGAUACAUCCGGAUGGUGAGAAGGCGAUCGCGCGUGGCUGCGUGAAGGAGCGAGUGCCGCAAGCGAUUAGCACCAAUGCCAGCUUUCCCAUCGAAGAGAUUGUGCCGAGCAUAGAGGCUGGCGCGCAUGCCUUCUUCUUCCAGCUAUACGUCAACAAAGAUAGAGAAAAGAGCGAGGAGCUGUUGAAGCACGUGAAGAGCCUGGGCAUCGACACAAUCAUGGUGACCGUGGAUGCACCGAUGCCGGGGAAGCGUGAGGCAGACGAGAGGGUGAAGAUGGAUGAGAAUCUGAGCACGCCCAUGAGUGGACAAAAGGGUUCGAAUGACAGAAGAGGCGGUGGCAUUGGCCGGUUGAUGGGGGGAUACAUUGCACCUGACUUCACCUGGUCGGAAUUCGCGUGGCUGAGAAGAGUUUGGCAAGGGAAAAUUGUCGUCAAAGGUGUCCAGUGCUGGCAGGACGCGAAGAUGUGUGCUGAUGCCGGUAUGGACGGGGUGCUGCUCUCCAAUCACGGCGGCAGGAAUCUAGACACUUCUCCUCCUGCCAUUAUGACACUACUGGAAUGCCAGAUGAACUGUCCGAGCAUUUUCUCCCAGCUCGAAGUCUUGGUUGAUGGUGGUAUUCGCCGCGGGUCGGACGUGCUCAAGGCGCUGUGUCUGGGUGCCACUGCUGUCGGCUUAGGGAGACCAUUUCUUUUCGCAGCGAACUAUGGAGAUGAAGGCGUUGAGCAUUUGAUCGACAUUAUCAAGACGGAGCUGGCGACUGCCAUGGCACUUGUGGGCAUCACUGAUCUUGGACAAUGUCACUCAGGUCUCGUCAGCACGCUCGAGCUCGACCACCUCGUUUCGAGAGGCGAGGCCCAUCCGUACGCGACAGGGCGCAGAUUAGGAGGUGAGAAAGCGCGGCUGUAGCGCGGUCGCUCACUUAGUCUAUUCUCUCUCUCCGCCUGCCGCAGAGUCAGAUGUUGGUUCAAUCGGCAGAGCGCUACCACACAGCUUUGCCUUGACACUCACUUCAUCUUCGUUCACGUUUGACGACGAGCAAAGCACAGUACUGUACAGUCGACAGGAUGCACGAGAGCACAAGAAAAGAGUCAAGCACAUGUACGAAGUUCACACAACAAAUCUUCUUGAUUGACGAUUAUAUGAUCUAUGGAUCUGAUCGUCAUGCGACGAUGGUCGCCGAAUAUCUCCAUCUGGCCAUCAAUUCUGUGAUGGGUAAGUUCGCCUACUGAAAGCCUCCACCCAGCUCAACCAGUGCCAGCAACACUGGAGAGCACUGCCAAACUGUGCCGAUGACACAGGAAGUACACACUCAACCCGUGCAACUCAGCUUCUGCCAAAGACACCAUGAGCUCACUUAAUUCGUGCCCAAGACACGAGGAGCAGACUCGACCCGUGCC